CUUACCACCACCUUCAGGAAGCAAUGCAGUCGCUACGGACGCGACGUUCUCAGGCGCCAGCGCGUAAGGUGCAGCGCUCUGGAACGAAGCUCUCAAAGAUUGCCCAAGGUGUAACCUCUCGCCCUCGCGAUUCCCGAAAAUCUCGUGUCGAUGACAAGAUUAAGAAGCGCAUGUCGAUGCGCUAUGCCGACAUUUCAGGACCUACAGAGCUCAACGUACCUCCAGUGCCCAGCCUACCUAUUGUCGAAGGUAUUACGGACGGAUUUCAGAAUGAAGUCGUCGGAGACAAGAUAGGCAGUCAAGAUGACGCGGCAGCGACGGCGGCAGAGAACGAUAAGAAACUAUUGGACGAGGAUGAUUUUGACCCGGAUGCCUACUUGAAGCUCAAGCUGGCGAAUUCGACGGAAGCAGAAGUCAAGUCCCUACAAUCUUCUCUACGUGGAGCCAAAGAUGAUACUGCGACUGAUCUCCAAAAGAACGUUUUCCAAAAUUAUGCAGAAUUCGUGCUCAUCUCCAAGGAAAUCUCGACCUUGGAGAAUGAAAUGAUUGAACUGAAAGAAUCUCUCUCGGAAUACAAAUCCAUGCCAUCCUUGCUUCACAUUCCUGACCCCACCUCGACGUCUUCUUCAACUAUGACUUCGUAUCGGCGCUCUUCCGUUGCUGACUUGCGGAUCAUGUAUUUCAACCAGAUGCAGGCGUUGCAUGCUCAAAUUGAAGGAUCUGCCAAAUUCGCACCUACUACACCAGGAAGACAUGUCAUCGGCGAAGUCGAGGGUGUGUUAUCAUUAAAUGCUGCAACAUAUAAGGUUGUCGGCAAGGUAAAGUUUGUUGUCUUGGACGACGCUGUGUUGGUCGCCAGGAGACGACGCCGCAACGGUCCCGAUUCGCGUAGUGGUGGCAGCGUUAGUGAAGGCAAGCUGGUCGCGGAGCGAUGCUGGCCAUUGAGUGAAAUGCUGGUGUUAGACACCAAGGACUCACCCAGUAUGACGAAUGUCUUCAAGAUCAGACAUGGAAAGGAAACGCACGUCUAUCGCACUGAGUCUCCUGCAGACAAGAAAUUGCUUCUUCAGCAACUACGUCAUGUAGCCGAGGAGCUAGCCGCCAAGAAGCGCAAGGAACGUGAAGGAGAGCACGAAAGGAGGAAGAGUUUGUGGCAAGGUGCUGGCGAUAGGUCUUCUGGAUACAAUUUGGAUCGCAUGCCUCCAGCUGAGUGGAUCAGGGAACUCGCUGCGAAAGUGGGAGAAGCUCCGGACGCAGUCGCUAAGGACAAAUUGGAACGCGAGGCACGUUGGACCAGCGAAUGGGCGGAUGAUCUGACCGUUGCAAUUGCUCUGCGAGAAUGGGAAAGAGCUACGAAGCUUGUCGAAGAAGGUAAAGAGAAGUUGGCUACAGUUCCUUCCCUGGCUCCAAAGCUCCCCGGUUUGUCCUCGCAGCUGACCGCAGCCCUCUUGUCUUCCUUGUCUUUGGUCUCGAACAAGAAGUCUACUGUUAUUUCAUUGAUCUCUCUCCUUUUGCGUCUCAAUGCUGGUCCUGCUGCUCGCGCAACGUUCCUCAGCAUGCGCACCCAAAUCAUCAAGAAUCUUGUCAGAAAAAUCAAAUUCGAAGGGCAUAUUGGUACAUAUAUUGCCGACUUGGCUAUCGUGACUUUCACUGCCAUUAAGCAUACUGCCGAUUGGUUUUUGGCAAGCUUCAAGGAGAACGAAGUCGCUAGUGCCUUCAUUGAUUGGGCGAAAAGUGAAAUUGAGAAUUACGCAGAUGUGUUCCGAAGGCAGGUCUUCAGCUCGGAUGUGGAUCCGAAGGUAGUCGAAGAAGGUCUCAAAAUCACAUAUUCCCAGAGCAAGAAGGCAAGGAUUGUGAUUACAUUAACGCCCUUAUCUAACAUCUACUCUCAGCUACUUGAGGAUUAUGGACUUGAUUUCCGUUUCCUACUAGAGGAGCUACUAGCAGAGAAUGUUCGUGAGUCGGAAACUAACACCAAACCUGCUGAGUUGAACCUGCAAGACAUACGUAUAAUGCCGCCGAAAUUAUCAAAGUCUUCGUCUAAACUGUCCCCUUCACUCACGUCGCCCAUCAGCCGACGUUCUCCCACACCAAGUGCAAGUUCAGCCAGGACACAGUCAUCAUCUUCUACUUCCUCUGGUGCAACAACCACAGCGGCCAGUGCCACGCCGACUGCGCUGUCCUCAGCACCCCCUUCUGGUUACUCUUCGGCUUCAUUUUAUACCCCCACGCCCACCACAGGUGUGUUCCUCUCGUCCCAGACCCAAAUGUCAUCCAUACCAGCUCUUCCUCGUGCCCGCACACCGUUAUCAUCCACGAUACCAGCAUAUGGAAGCAACACGCCGCCGCUAUCUGCUCCAGUUCUUCCCGUUCCUUUCGCAUCCCCACUUCCUAGGCGGACAAGGUCUCCUCCUCCCAGUGCGUCUCCUUUACGACCGGGCACGUCGAGUAGCACGAGGGAGAGACCGCCGCGCUCAGCUAAGGCCAGUCCUGCCCCACCCCCUCGAUCAACGAACAGACCUGGCAGCUCGACAGGCCAUAGGCCGCCACCUGUAGCUGUUCCAUCUCGAGAGGGCAUGAUCUAA